AUGUCUGCAGUCACCAACGGUCACAGGAGCGAGGUCGAGCGGAUAGCGAACCACACCGAGGAGAAGCACCUGCCGGGCGGCUGGGUGGUACUGAAGUUUGGCGGCACGAGCGUGGGCAAGUUCGCGGAGAACAUUGCGGGCAUCGUCAAGGCCGGCAACCAGACCGACCGCGCCGCCAUUGUGUGUUCAGCGCGCAGCACCAAGAACAAGACGGAGGGCACCACCAACCGCCUGCUGCGCACCGCCCGCGCCGCCGAGAAGCAAGGCCACCGUGGCUACGACGACAUUGUCGAGGCCAUCCGCGCCGACCACGUGCAGGCCGCCGCUGCCACGCUGCGCAGCGCCGACAUCCUCGCAGCCUUCACUGCCGACGUCGACGCCGAGUGCGAGAGCCUGACCAAGAUCCUCGAGUCGGCGCAGCACCUGGAGGAGGUCACCAGCCGCGCUGAGGACAAGAUCAUUGCCAAGGGCGAGAAGCUCAGCUGCCGCUACAUGGCCGCUCUGCUCAAUGACCGCGGCACACCUGCCCAAUUCGUUGAUCUCGCCGACAUCGUCACCUUCCACACCCCGAAGAAGGGCCUAAAUGAGCAGUUCUAUGCAGACCUCGCUGCGGCCCUGGCCCGCGAGGUGGAGGCGUGCGGCGACAAGGUGCCCGUCAUCACGGGCUUCUUUGGCAACGUGCCCGGCGGCCUGCUGAACUCAAUUGGGCGUGGCUACACCGACCUGUGCGCUGCCCUGGUUGCCGUCGGCAUCAAGGCCAGGGAGCUGCAGAUCUGGAAGGAGGUCGAUGGCAUCUUCACCGCCGAUCCUCGCAAGGUCCCCACUGCGGCUCUGCUCCCCAGCGUCACGCCCUCCGAGGCUGCUGAGCUGACCUUCUACGGCUCCGAGGUUAUCCACCCCUUCACUAUGGAGCAGGUCAUUCGAGCCCGCAUCCCCAUCCGCAUCAAGAAUGUCAUGAAUCCGCGUGGUGCUGGCACCAUCAUCUUUCCCGAUAACUUGAAGACGCUGGGAUCACACUCUCCGCUUCGGGACGGCCUUUUCCGUACCCGCUCUUCGAGCGUUCUGACCUCGCUGAACACGCCCAAGCGCCCCACUGCUGUCACUAUCAAGCACAACAUUGUUGUUCUGAACGUCCACAGCAACAAGCGCACGCGUGCCCACGGCUUUUUGAUGAACAUCUUCAGCAUCCUCGACCGUUGGCACUUGUCGGUGGACCUCAUCUCUUCCUCUGAGGUACAUGUUUCAAUGGCCUUGCACUCCGAAUCUGCUCUGCUGAGCGGCGGUGGCGAAGACGAGUAUAGAAUCCAGGACAAGGACCUUCAAGGUGCCGUCAACGAUCUCGGCGAAUUGGGUGCGAUUGACAUUGUGCCUGAUAUGGCCAUUGUAAGCUUGGUCGGAAAGCAGCUCAAGAACAUGAUUGGCAUCAGUGGCAAGUUCUUCAGCGUGCUUGGUAAGAAUAACAUCAACAUCGAGAUGAUCUCGCAGGGUGCUAGCGAGAUCAACAUCUCUUGUGUCAUUGAGGAGCGCGAGGCAGACCGCGCUCUCAACGUUGUCCACACAAAUCUUUUCACUUUCCUCGAAUAG